AUGCCAACAUGGAUAAAAACAAACAAAGAGGAAUACACUAUUGAUGAGCAAUAUGAUGUUGUUGACAUCAACAGUUUCAGUGAAAUGAAAAAACUUGCUUAUGAUAUUGUUAAGUCUCAUUUUGAUGAUACAUCAUCCGAUAAAGAGACAUUAUGUCUCAUUAUAAAUGGUGUUCCAGGAACUGAUAAAAGUUACCUUAUUAAUGCUAUUAGAAAUAUUUUGCAAAGUAAAUAUGCUCUCGCUGCUACCACAGGUAAAGCAGCUUAUAACAUUAGAGGUGUAACUGUGCAUUCUCUGUUAAAGUUACCUAUAGGAUCAAGAGGUAAAAAAGACCUAACAGGACAAAGCUUCUGUAGGUUACAAGAGAGUGUUAAUAUUAAUAUUGGAUACAUCAUUAUUGAUCAUGAUGAAUACUCCAUGCUUGGCCAAGUUACUUUUCGUUGGAUAGACAAGCGUUCUAAACAAGUAACUGGUUAUAAUGACAAAGUGUUUGGAGGAAAAGUAUUGAUUUUAACUGGUGAUCCACGUCAAUUGCCACCAGUAGCAGAUAAAUCUCUUUACCAUGCUAAACCAUCAAACGCUGUUGGUGAACAAGCUAGGGUGUCAUUAUCAAGCAUAUCAUAUGUAUGACAAAGUUCCUAAACUCACUUUAAAUCAAUGUGUGCAAGGCAUGACAUCUGAGCAAGUACAGUUCAGAGAUUUGUUACUACGACUUCGCAAAGGUGACUCAACAGUUGAAGACUGGAAGUUACUUCUGACACGUCGUCAAUCAUCGAAUGUCACUAAUUUAUGUGACUUGGACGAUUCUACUAGACUCUUUUAUAGCCAUCAACAAGUUUCUAAUUACAACCAUGACCAGCUAACAAAACUUGAGCAUCCAAUUGCUCAUAUUAAUGCUUGCCAUUCAUCAGAAUUGGCCAAAAAGAUUUUCCUCAGAUGAUAUGUCUGGCUUAGAAUCUGUCGUAUUUCUAGCAAAAGGUGCUAGGGUCAUGUUAACCAUGAAUUUGUGGUCAAGUGUUGGCCUCUGCAAUGGUGCUACAGGGACAGUUGUUGAUAUUAUCUAUCAGAACAACCAUCGACCACCUGACUUAUCUAUUGCGGUAAUAGUGGAAUUUGAAAACUAAAGAGGACCUGUUUUUAAUGAAAACCAACCAUUGUGUAUCCCAGUUUAUCCAAUCACUGUCACAUCACCGACAGAAAGAGGUUUCCAUGAGAGGCAACAGUUACCUCUCAGGUCGCUUGGGCUCUGACAAUACACAAGAGGCAAGAACAUACACUUCCAAAAGCAUGGAUAGAUAUUGGCAAAUCUGA